AUGCUCUUACGUUGGGUGAUAUGCCUAACAACAUUGAAAUUGGUACCAGCUAUUGAAUUGAAGAUCAUCGAUGACUACUUUUACACUAUUAAUGUUACUAUUGGAAGCCCUCGUAGGUUUAUACUUUAAAAGUUAAAGUUUUUAAGCCUAAAAAUGGCUUCCAAGUCUAAAUUUUCAAAAAAAUCAUAGUUUCGAAAGUUUAAAAAUUUAUUUUUUUUAAAAAACGAAAAAUUUUUAGCUCAAAACUUCACCCUAGCCCUGGAUAUUACAGCGAGCAAUACUGUGGUGUAUGGAAACAGUACUGCGUUAGACUCAUUGCCAUCAAAUGAACGGGUCUUUUAUGAGCCAUAGUAAGUGUCCAACUUACCCCACCCGACCGUAUCCUGCCCUAUUUUACUUAAACCUACUCCAGUUAUCAUACCCUAGCAUGCCUUGUCCUUACCUUACCUUUCCCUACCUUAUCCUACCCUACCCUACCCUACCCUACCCUACCCUACUCUACCCUACCCUACCCUACCCUACUCUUAUCUACUCUACCUUAUUUUACCCUACUCUACCCUAUCCUACUAAAACCUACCUUACUCUAGUCUACCGUACUCUACUAUACUUUGUCCUACCCUGCUUUUCUUUAUCAAAACACAUCAAUGCAUCACCCUUCGUGGUCUAUAAAUUUUUUCUACCCCAGCUACGUCUUUGCCACAUAUUUAAUAUACCAUACCCUACUGCCGUCCUAUUGUUCCAAAAAGCUCUAUAUACUUGCUAUAUCUUUGUUAUACCUUGCCCUAUUUUUGCUACCCUAGCCAUGCUCUACCUUUGUCUCCUUUGUUACAUCAUUCUAACUAACCCCUCAUUCAUUUUCAGUAAGUCAGAUACCGCCCUAAAGUUAUUUCAUAUACCUGCAAAUCAGUCAUACUCUGGUACCCUAACAUCGCUAAUCAAAUAUGACACUCUCGUGUAUGCUGAUGCUUUUUCAAUAAAUGGCGAACCAUUCGGAAUCAUUCGAUUUGUGGUUGUACAGAACUACGACUACGGUACAUAUUCGUAUCUACCUACGAAUGGGUUAGUUGGAAUUGGAGCGGACAUACUUCAUCAUGGUCUUGGGCUCAUGUCUAACAUACUGCACCUCAAGAAUGCUUCUGUUGUGUCGUUGUAUACACCUAGGUAUGUGAGGCAGAGAUAUUAGGGCAAAGUGUCGUAAAACAGUGGCAGAGCAUGGCAAAGCAAAGGUAGAGCGUGGUAAAGCAAAUGCAGGGCAUAGUAAAGCAAAGGCACAGCAUAAUAAAGCAAAGGCGUGGCAUGGUAAAGUAAAGGCAGGGUAUGAUAAAGCAAAGAGAAGACAUGGUAAAGUAAAGACAGGGCAUGGUUAUGUUGAAGGUAGGGGUACUGCUUCAUAGGGGACUAUACUGUAUUUUACUCUAAUUGCAUGCCAUUUUAAUCUUCAGAGACACCCAAAAUGAAAAUGCACACAUAACUUUCGGCCCGGGAGCACCUCAUGUUAACUGUGAACCGCAGCGUAAUUGGACAUUUUUUGAUUCCUACGACCAUACCAAUCGAAUCAAUAAACUUUUUGAAAUGAAAUACACAUUGUAAGUUCAUCUCCUAUAAUACCCAUUCUUUUACUAUCUCAACAUAUCAUUUUUUUUAUGUUUACAGCACCAAAUACGGCAACACAUCAGUAAAACUCUCAAAAUACUCAUAUUUUGCACUAUCAACCCUUACAUCGUAUGUUACUGUCCACAAAUUCAUGUUCAAAACCAUAAAAUCGGAGUUAAACUCAACUUCAGUAGUUGCAAGAGGAUCAACGAUCGAAGUUGUCGAUUGUAAAUGGAAAACCACUGCCCCCAAUAUUACACUUGGCAACGAGGAUAUGCAGUUCGAUAUACCUUCGGAAGAUUAUAUUGUUGAAACUGUAGGUUUGAAAUUUGGGUAAAAAAUUUUUUUCAGAGAGCGGGGUGGGUAGAUAAAAAUUUUUUUUUUCGAAAAAAAAAUCCACAGGGAGGACUAUGUUGAACUUUUAUCCAAAAAAAUUUUAAUCCGAGAAAAUUAACUAUUGUAAAAAUUUUGUACUUUUAAAGUCAAAAUAUUCUUGCCCUGCCUUUUUUAUACCUAUCUCUUUUAGGAACCCAACUACUGUAUCCUAAAAGUGCGUGAAAAUGUGGCCGCUGCUAACCGCCGUUGGGUAUUGGGAGUGACUUUCCUCAAGUCAUAUUGUGUUCAAUUUGAUUUGAGUGGGCAAAAGGUUGGAUUUGUCUCAUCAAACAUGCCAUAA